ACCAACCAGCAGCCGGCUCGGCCCGGACCGCCCGCACGGAGCACGCGCGCGCCGAUUCGAACUCCACAUUGCCCCCGCCGCCGCCUCCUCCCUGUCCCCACCCACCGCCCGCAGAUACCUGCGCGAGCGCAGAGCCCUGCCAGAGCCGGGACUGCAGGCUGCGUGCCCACGCCGGGCUCCUCGCGCGCGCCGCUGCUCCCCACGCCCUCUCACCGCCCCGUACCGUACCUCCCUCCCCACCCCGCCCCCAAUCCACCCGGUCCCGGGCUCUUAUCUCCAGCCUGCCCCUUCCCCCACCCCCGGCUCUCGCCGCAUCCCGCCGGUUUGGGAGCAGGGCGUGCCCCGGCUCAGGCCUAGUGGGCUCAUGGCCAAGAGGCGCGCGGCGGAGCCGUUGGCGUUCCACGUGCCCUGGAAGCGGCUGCUGCCCUGCGGCCGCCUGGACGACCCCGAGCCGCUGUGGGCGCCGCCGGAGCUCGGGCCGCGGCUGCCGGUGAACAGCUCCGAGCUGCGCCGCAAACGGAAGCGGGAGGACGGGACCAUGGCGGAGCUCCAGGCCUCGCCCAGCAAACGCUCCGGCGACGCCGCGGGUCCCGGUGGCCCGGCCCCUGGAGACGGGGCCCGCAUGGACACCGGGGAGCCCAAGCCGCCGGCCGAGCCGCGCGGCCCCGCGGAGGAGCUCGGACCGCGGCCGCUGCUGCGGCCCCGCGCCUCGGAGCCCGAGCGGGGCGCCGGAGAAGAGGUCCCGCGGCCCAGGGGCGCCAGGGAGGAGGAGCUUAUUGAAGAAUUUUGGCAAUAUAAUACGUUCCAGUACUGGAGAAAUCCUUUACCUUCCAUUGAUCUGUCAGAAAUUGAAAAACUGACUGAAGCAACUCUUACCAGCAAGGAUGAAGGUCUUGAAAUUGACAUGGAAUCUUGACAUAUGGAUCUGCUACAGAUGGAAUAAUGGUGAUACGUUCCAUUUAAGGAUACUCAUUUUUAUCUGAAUCUACCUGUCUCUCUUCAGAAAAAUAAAUGUUUCAGAUAGUUUGAGGUGUAAGCUUCUCCAUCUGGAAAAAAUGAGGGAAGAACUUUUUACAGAAAAAUUCUGAGACUAUUGGCAUGUUUGAAAGGGGUUUUUCAUGGGGAGUCAAGGACAAAGAACAGUUAUAACAGAAGUAUUUUAAAACAUGGAUGCUUGAAGAAGAAAAUAUAUUCAAACUUUAAACUUGAGUUUAUCUCUAGCCAGUUUAGGAGUUCUGGCAGUAUUAGAGGUUACUGAGAACUGUUUGAAUAUUAAGCCAAAAAAAGGUUUAGUUGUGGUGCAUGAACUUAAGAAGUUUUACAACAAAUGCUGGUAAUAGUAAGUAAUAUAUUAAUUUGUUACCUGUGUUCUUAGUUGAACCAAAAAAGCUGUCGUAACAUCUAUGCAAGCUAGAAGGGUGACUGUGUCCAAGUGUUCUCUCUUUCUGAGAACACUUUCCUUAUGUUGUGUAAUGUAAAGUAGUGGACAUUUCAGUAAGCACUCUUUGCAUUUGUACUUGUACAGAUAUUAAUAUAAUUUGACUUAUGUUGAGUUGUGCCAAAAUGUCCAGUCAGAGAUGGAUAUGGAGUGGUGGGAAAUUAUUGGGGGGGGGGGGGGAGGGCUCCUUUUCCCCGGGGAUUAAGGGGAAAGAAAUUUUAUCAUACAAUCAGUUUGGUUGGUUUAGUUAUUUUUUUUUAACUAAUGAAGUUUUUUCUUUUUUAAAUAAGAAACUUGUCAUAGCUGGACCAAUGUAUAAUUGCUUUGGCUUUAUCAUCUUAUGAUGUAAUAUGACCAAGUUUUAAAGUUUGUUCAUUAUUACUGUUGCAUUAUGGUAAGCUUCAUAAAGCCCUUGCUAAAGAAAAAUAAAGUUUCUAU